CCCUUCCAACCUGGUUGCUGUCCAUGCCGCCAUGGAAUCCACAUCCCAGCAGCCAUGUGUGAUUGGUCAUGCUGCAAAACACUCGGGAACGAACAGUGUUCGCUUUCCAACCAAAGCGGCUGCCAAAGGAUGUUGACAGGCUCCGAUUCUUCCAAGGCUCCAUUGUCAGGAAAAAAUCUUUAGGCCCCAGAGGUGAUACUGAUGAUGAGGAGGAAAGUGCCAAGGUCAAUAACAUUGAAGAUGGUUCGCGACGUGGGCAAACGCAAACUUCUGAAUAUCCAGACGGACAGAACCCAGUUAGAUCUGCUAGAACUGCAUUUCGAUCCGCUUCAGUCAACGAUUUGAGGACAACAGUGCUGAAGGAAAGGGAGCGAAAAGUUGAUGAAGGCAGCACAAGUGCAAAGGAUCCUUCGCCACGCCGAUUGCACACAUGCGUCUCAAUGUCGUCUAUGCCCUCUGCAAGACGGUCUGAGGUCCCGCCUCCGCUUCCUGCUUUUCCGGGCGCAUGGAAAAUUCAGGCUCCUUUGGGAAAUCAGACCGACCGUGGUGCUUCAGCAGAGGCGAAACGGUCAGAAGAAAAACCACAAGCGGUUGCAGCUGCAGGGAAGGCACUGUUCGCAGCAGCAUUGGAAGAGAGCGAGCCGGUCCAAAAAACUGGCAUGCUUCGAUCACCAUCAAUGCCCUUGCCCCGGAGGCCAUCCGUUCCGCGAGAAAAACGCAGGCCAAGGCCUCAAAGAGCGUCUGAAGAAGUCUACGAGGUGGAGUCCGCUUGCGAUUCUGGUGCAUCUCUGUCUUCAGGUGGUACUUCUUGGCGGGCCCAUGCGGAGGCUUGUGCUGCCGGUCAAGGGAAGGACGAUCUCGGGCGUGAUGAAACCAACCACUGUCCAGAUUGUCCACCCAGUCUCUCAACUUCAGCCUCUUCACAAGAGCCGCAAGUUUCUCGCGCACCACUUCCGCCUCCUCUACCAACAGUUCCUCCCGGUCCGCUUCGACAGUUUCAAGGUUAUUCUUCUACAACUCUUGUAGAAGCCGCAUCAGCGCAGGCAGCACUGCUCAGCCCUGCUCCGAGCACUCGCCGAUCUUCGGGCUGUGAGUGAGUCCAAAUCUCAGCAUCUUAGUGUCAAAGUCCAGAUGUCUCACAAAGCAAGCUCUGCAAACGCAGAUGGCAUGCAAAA